AUGGCUUUUGAUCCCUCCAUAUUCCUCUCCUUACCGCUGGAUCUGAGGCAAAAUGUUUACUGGCAUCUUGAUGGACAAUUAACGAGGCUACAACCACCCUCGAAGUAUGAACUCUUCACUUCCUCGAGUGUGGACAGUUAUUAUAACAGCCAUGGAAAACAAUCAAAGCGAUCAUUAAAAAAAAAGUUCGAAGAAUAUAUCCAGAUUUUUGAUUAUUUGCCAGGAUUUGUGGAGACGUGGCUUGAAUACUCCAAAUGCCUACGUUUUGAUUGCAUUGUUCUCGAUUACUUACGAGUAAAUCUUGAGCUGGACUGCAGUUUCACUUCCUUCGAAUGGAUUCUGCUCAAUCAUGAAUGCCACAUUGCAAUGUUCAGUCCGAAAGGAGUUCUUCAGGUAUGGUAUAAUGCUAAAGAAUAUAGAGAAUGGGUUGAUCCAUCGUUUGUACCUAGUACAAAAUUGAACGCUGAACACCUCACUUCAAAUAGCUUGAAAGCUAUCAUCAAGGAGCUAGAUACACGAGAACAGAAAGAUUUGGUCAAAACGAUUGUUUUUUUCCAGGAGGAAGACAUCUAUGUUAAUAAAUCUUUAAGCCCUAUCAUAUUAAGUAUACUCUCGGUGAUGGAUUCACUGAGGGGAUUAAACAGAAUUAAAGUAAUGGGUGAGCACUUAUUUGGGCGGUUGGUGAAUCUUCAGGGCGCAAGAGACUAUCCUGGGCAAUCUAUUAGCUAUAUCGUCAGGAAACGAGUUCAAAUCAUGGAAGUCAAUCAAGGCCUGUCGGUUGGUGGUGGAAACCAAGUUGCCGACUUUAGUCGAUGGGAAAACCUAACGAAGCUGACGAUAAGUGAGAUUAAUGACGUGGAUCUUAAAAAUGUUCUGUUACCUAAAUCAUGCAAAUGGAUCGUGUUCAGAAAUUUACGCAAGCUCGGGUGGUGGGAUCAGACCAAUAUGUUGCACUUGAUAGACGAAAAAUGGAUUCUGAAGAGUAGGCGGGAUGCAGCAAAGUCAGUACAGCAACUAGGAUCAUCUUACGAUUCUCAAAUUUACGAUGAGAAUGAAACCCUAAGAUUGGUGGAUGUUUCAUUAGCAGACAGAGAUAUUUUACUCAAAUGUAAAGCAAUUUUAUGGGAUACGUAUGGUUCGUUAAACUACAUUCAGCUAAUAGAUGUGGCAAGCGUGGAGGGAGAUAUCUAUAUUCCCCGCACUUUGUAUUGCAACAAAAGAAUGGAUAUAUUCAGAACUCCUAUCUACUCACUGACUCUCAUAUGA